UUAACACCAUUAGAGAAUCUACCGAAUCUGAAUCUACCAGUUCCUCCACAACAGCUGGCACUUGAAAUUUGGUCCCCUGCCGAUAAGGACGUGAAUUUGGACGGUUUUGAUGUUGCUUCGUUACAAAAGAGGCAUUUUCUCCAGUCUCGAUGGUACUUGAGGCCGUCGUCCAGGCGCUCAGGCGUGUUGAGCAGCUGAAAAGCCAGCUGCAGAAUGUGGAGGACUUGUUGGACUCUCCGACUAUCUGGGACGUCCAGCAGAAGGCGAUCGAGCUCUACCGGCAGGUCUUGCUGUUAGAACUCGAGUACGCGCUCGACCAGAAGUUGGAGCAGGACUUGUGGAACUAUGGCCACAGGAAAUUUAUUUCAGCCCUGCAGGGAUACGCCAAGGACAAAAACAACCCGAGGUGCAGUGAAGCGCAGAAUUUGCUAAUAUGGUUUCUCGACUCGACAUCUGGCUUUUAUGUGUCGCUGCUAGGAGACGUUUGCACUCAGUUCAAACUAGACCUGCCUUUUCGAAGGGAGGAUUCAACCUUCGGACUGUCGUGGCCAGAAAAGCGGUACCCUCCAGCCGGGGCGGAAAAAAAGUCUCUGCACUAUAUUUGCCAGCACUUCCUGGUCCACCUGGGUGACAUCGCCAGGUACCGCAAUUCCCUGAAACAGGCUGAGAUCUACUACAAGCAUGCCGUCACACUGUCACCGAUGUGUGGCCAUCCUUACAACCAGCUUGCCCUUCUUGCUGUAAAUAAAGGUGACAAUCUGUCUGCCGUUUUCCACGGUGUUCGAUCCAUCGCGGUUCAGCACCCCUUCCCCGUUGCUGCUCAGAAUUUGGACAAAACCCUGUCGCGGUGUGCUUCUGCAAAAAUUCCUCUUGAUGGGAAAGACUGUCUAAGCAGUGCGGAGCUCGUGUCCAUUUUCUUGAAGUUCCACGCACUGCUGAAGUGCCAGGGAAAUAUCACUGAAGCCAAGCCAUUGAUUGAAAUAAUGGGCCAAACUUUGACAACAUUGGUUGCCAUUAAGAUCUUCAGCGAAUGGAAACUUGUCCAGAUGCUGGUCAUAAACAUCUACAUGCUGAAAACAGCAAAGGAGAAACAGAAGGAAUUGAUUUUGGAUCUGAUUGGCACUAUUCUCAGUGCUUGCUUGCUGCCAAUUUACACGUUUACCGAAGACAGUGAAUUGCUUGAUUACGCACCAAUGCCCUCAGUGAAACUCACUUUUGAGUGGAUUACUCUAUGGCCUUCUCUCCUCGAGAUGCCAGGGCUGGUGGAGAAAAAGCAGAUCCUGCCGGGUCUGUGUUAUAUGCUCGACAGACUCAGCAAAAUUGUGAACAGCGCUGAAAUGGACGCAGAUUUCUCUGGACUGGCUCUGCCAGAAGACAAAGAUAUCCAAGGGUUUCUUCCUCUCAAAGAUUAUCUUUUGAAGCUGAAGUUUUCCAAUGUUCAAACCAAUGAGCUCGAGAUACCAAAGAUCAGAUGCGCAUCCCUGCUCAAAGUGGGCGAGUCCUUGGUCAAACUCUUCCCAGACUCAAACACUGGGCAGAACGCCUCGGUUGUCCACGAGCAAUUCAUCCUCCGAAGCAUGAAAGAUUUGAGUGUAUCCCAGCAAUCAAUUCCUGACUCAUACACGUUACUGAAUGGCUCAUCUGCAACCUCUCCUGUUCACUCUGAUGGCAAUUCCUGGGAAACAGGGAAAUCAACGCCAGAUAGCUCUGGAAGCAGAGGAAGUAUCAAUUGCCCUGAUAGUUCCCUUCAGACAAGUGGAGAAGACGACUUGUGGAAUUCAAGGUCGCUUGAGAAGGAGAAGAUAAUCGAGGUGCCGAUGCUUGGCCGCACCAACCAAAACGUGGCCAUGCAGGCCAUCCUGCGAGGAAGACAGGUCACCGACCUUCCUCCUGCCAAUCGUUGGAACAUGGGCCCGAAAACAGCCCAGACAAACGAAAUGUCUCUGUUUGGCAAAAGCGUCAGCGACAGCUGCUACCCUCAAUUGGGAAACCAGAAAAUCCGUGAGUACAAGAUGUGGGGAGGCCAAACGCCUGCAGACGCUCCGCAACAGGAGCAAGUCGUCGGCUCCUGCAAGGAAAAUUUUGGCACCUCGCUUUUCAGUUUUCCUCCUUCGUGGUGUGUCAAUGAAAGAGAGGCAGAUGCUAAGAAAGAUCAGCCUUGGAAGUCUGCCGUGCUUCCUGAUGAGCUGGUAAAAAUUUCUUUGUGGCGUCCAUCUCCUGCCUUGAACAGACUGUUGGAGCAGCAAAAACAACAGCGCGAAGGCGGUACCUGAGACGUGGAAUGUCAGGAGGAAACAGGCUCCAAAAUCUAAAGUGACCGCUGCUGCAGACCUCACCUCCACCAAGGAUUAACACGUACGCCUCAAAGGAGACCAACCGAAUCAAAUGCCUGACGGGAGGAUAAAAGAAGCGCUAGCAUGGGUAGAAGCCACAAUAAUCUACCCUUCAAUAUUUAACACUCUGCCAACCCGGGAAUUCUGUCACACUCUUGAUCAAUCAAUCAAUCGAGCUCCGCUUGCCGGAGUUGCAGACAAGCUUACAUUUUAGACAUGACCGCUAUCGCAAUGUGUAAAAUGUAAGUCAGCGUUUCGUUACUAUCAUGUAUAUUGGAUUAGACCUUGUAUUUUCUGUAGGAUUAGUGCACUUUCAGAAACUUUGACUUGAAUGCUCAGAAAGGCCUUUCAAAUUAUUGCUGAAACAUAAUGUGAAGAGCUAACUGGAUGUUCACCACCACUGGGCUAUAAACUUUAAUCACUUGUCACAAUAAAUCCCUUUUACCUAGUUGCUUAAAUA